UUUCUGGAAUAUCACGCAUGAUAUUCGCAAAAUUAGACGCUGUCUUUGUGGAAACGCGAAUGAUAGGAGAAGGAAAAAAAGAACAACUAAGCACUACUUGAGGCUAAACUGGUAUUUUCUGUCUAGGACAAGUAGAUUUGGAUCUCCAACUAUAAGUACAAGAAAAUAAGCAUAUGAUUCUUGACAGUCCUCACCACAAUAAAAAUAUUGCCUCAAACGACUCGACCUCGACGGCGGCGAGGCGAGACGUCAUAUAUAGCGCGUAGCCACCUUGGUGACGAUGAGUCGUCAUCUUCAACCGUGCCACGUUGGACUGGCAGCGACAAGAGGCAGUCGCAUACAACUGUCCAGACGAGUGCUGCUUACGAGGUCACAACAACGUGGCAGAAGCAAUGGUUGUGGUUUUCGCACUUUUGGAACGGGAGCGCAGGCAGAAGGGGAUAGCAGAUUGCUCUUCACGCGGAGGAUGCGGUUAUGUUGAAUGUUCUGGUUACCGAUACCGUUACGGGUUGGUCAUUCUAAGAACUUGGAGUUCCGGUGGGGAUGGGACGACAUCAAUAAUGGUUUUAGCACCACUCCUAAAAGAUACUCAUUUUUGUUCUUUCUUGCAGCAGAUUGAUGGGAUACUAGACUAAGUAGUUAAAUCUCAAUCCAUACAAUUUAUUGUCUAGUCCUAGUCGGUGCUGUUGACUACACAAUUUUAAUUUAUUGUCUAGUCGGUAUCGGUACAACUGACUACUGGUACUGAGUUCUUUCAUACUGCUCAGUAAGGCCUUUUGCUCUUUCUUUCACGUCAUCGGCAAGGUGGCAUUGCACCACAAGACACGGAGCAAGAUGCGAUACCAGCACCUCUGAUCCAGCACCAAGUCCUUCGCCGUCAUCCAGAGAGGGUCUUCGUCUUACCAGGUCUCCUAGGUUCCACGGACAACUGGGUGCCUGCCGCAAGGAAAUUGUCGUUAAGGAAAAACGUCAUCCUUAGUGGUGGUAGGAGUUUGAGAAAGUAGAGAAGAGGGGUGCUGCGGUUGUGAAACUACACAACUGGUAAAAACACGAAGAAGGAUCAAGCUGCCAGUUUUUGGCGCUUGUCCGAGAUGUUCACGAAAAGUAACGAACUGUAAGUAGGAGCUACAACAGAGUCCUCACUUUGCUGUUCUGAAUGCGAAUGAAUGAACUCUCUAACCCUAGAAGACCUUCCAGAACGAGAUUUUUUUCUCGUGGACCAAAGAAACCAUGGAAAGAGUUUCCACGAUGACGAGAAUAGCUAUGCAUCGAUGGUUGGGGAUUUGCAUAGGUUAGCAUUCGCGAGUCGGGGAAACGGCGACUCUGGAGGAACUGGAGGACAUUGGAAAUCACAUUUAUGGGGAGCUUGCUGGUUGAAGCUGUGCCUGUAGUGACUGGAGGUAAUUGUAAACCUUCUAUGACUUCGUGAUCUCCAGUUCGUAGUAGGUCCGCGUUGUCGUGCCCGAAGAUAUGAUGUCCUUCUAAGGAUUGAUAGGAAAAGGUGGCUUGUUGUUGUUGACUCUAUCCUUCUGUCCUUCUUUGCUCCAGAAUCAAUUUUUACACAGCCAAGGAAGUAGCGACCCUUCAUAAAGCGGUGGCCGGCUUCUCCAGAAAGUGGCACUUAUUGGCCAUUCUCUUGGUGGUAAAACUUCCAUGCGAUUCGCCUUGCAGUAUCCGGAGUUGGUCAGUCGCUUAGUCGUUGUUGAUAUUACGGAAGGAAGAAGUUAAAUUGUACUCAUAGGAAACUAUGCACGUUCUAAGCAGCUGCAUUGAAGCUGACUCUCUGCUGGAUGAGGACUACGUUUUUUCCUUUCAUAGACAUAUCCCCACGGACGUUUCCCGGCGCUUACUUCGUGCUGCUAUUGAGUCAUCUCCUGGCGACGCCCAAAGAGCUCGCUGCCAAGGGUCGAGCCGGCGUUGAGGAGUGGAUGGUCGACGGGUCUUCCGAGGAGAACUUGUUGUUAUGGAGGCUGUGUAGGAUGAAGCUUUUGUAGCAGAAGUUAUCCACUUUGUGCUUGUAUUUACUUAUGCUACAGUGAAGUAAGUAAGUCCUCUAACCCCACCUGUUUCUAAGACUGAAGAAGAACCGCAACUUUCUUGAAAUGGCUUUCGAAUUGGAGACCAGCAAUGGACAGACAUCGGCAGCGUGCGAUGCUUUCCUUGCGGAUUGUGGCAAGGAGCUGGAGAAGUUGCAGAGAGAUCUGAAGUUAGGUGAAUCAGAUGACGUACACCUAUAGAAUCUUUUUAUCGAGGAGUUGUAUUCCUAUGCCCAUAUAGAUCUUAAUGUACUAGUUAGUAGCACUUCUGUUUUCUGCAAGAACUGGCAUUCUUGAUCAGCUUCAGCACGUCGAACAGCAGCAGCCCUCAUCCAAAAUGACUUAGCUAGAAUAGAAUCUUUUUUUUAUCGAGGAGUUGUAUUCUUGUUCUAACAAAAACAGACAAGCAUUUUCGUGCGUUUUUAUUGAAGAAUCUAGCUACGGCAAAGGGCGAUGGAGGAGCGUCCUGGCGUCCCAACCUGCGCGCCCUACUGCGGAACUAUCGUCCACACUUCGCGUCUGGCUUCGAGGAUGCCGAAUUGGCGUCUCUAUUACCCGAAGUUGAAAACGAAGAAAAGUUGGAAGCAUUGAAGAAUUUGCCGGUAUUGGUGGUACGGGGUGGGGAGUCGCAAUAUUAUGGCAUAAGAUAAUGAGUUUGAGUGUUCGUGUAGUUGGUCGAUCAAGAUCUAAGAUGAAGACAAUGUUGUUCUUGUGGGCAGUGGCUACUUAUAUCCAGCACUGUGACGAUUGUAUCAAUUCGCAUUAUUGUUCACUACGAAGUUCAUUGAAAUUGAUGUCGUAAGGGCUCCUAUCGGAUCAACUGAGUUGUGAUGAGUAAUACUUAUAUAUAUAAACACCCUAAAUAAUACAAGAUCUCUUCCUGACUGUAGUGAAAACCCACCGCCCUGAAAACAACUUCCACUCGUCUCCAAUCAAAAUACUCAGUGCAGAAGUUAGCUUACUUCACGACCUACAAUCUAGUCCAGUCAUCAUUUUUCAUUGGUCUUCUAAUCCCCCGUCCGUCUCGGUACCGAUGUAGAACGAUUCCGGAAACUUUUUCCUCAGGUGCAAGUAGAAACGGUGGAGGGUGCGGGCCAUUGGCCUCAUGCUACACACACGAAAGAAGUAGUUAACUUCAUUCGAAAAUUUUUUGAGAACUGAAUUGAGCUGAAGCAGAACUUGUGGUGGAGAUGUUGUACAACAACUUUUUACAAGAACAAUUUGGAUUUGCUCGUACUAGUCAUGAGCUUUUUCAGAUUUAUAGAUUUUGUACGUCCGAAUUAAGUAUUUGUAGUUUCUUGUUUGUAAUUUAUCGUCCAACUACGAAGACCACAAAAACAAGGAGAAAUUCUUCAAAAGUUGUAGUAAAGCCUUCGACAAAAGCCAGGA